UGUGUCAUGCAGAAAGCAGGCGGGCGUGUGAAGGAGUUUCGCGCGGGACGGGAGCGAGGACAUCGGACUGAGUUCGUUUCGUGACUUGACUGGACAACAGCUGUGGCUAUUUUCGGGCACUACCCCAAGUGCCCACGCUGAGAAGCUUGUCGCAUGCAGUUGCCGUUGCAGUCGAGGGCUAAUACUUGAACGUUGAAACAAUGUUCGAUGUGGGGAUGUCGAAAGAAUUUGAUACAUACGAUUAACGAUCAAGUGGAAUAUGGGUGGAUGGGAGUGAAUGUUCAAGGCUUGAUUGGUCCGUGCUAUACCACCAAAAAAGGAGAAGCUCCACUGUUCAGCUCUCUUCUACCCAACCUCAUCGUCUCUUCUUCUUUUUCUAUUGGAAGAUCGGCCGAAACGGGAAACACAAGCUGUAGAAAAGUAACUAUUCGACAUCAAUCCAUGAUUCCAAUGAUCGGACUUGUCGACAUGGAACCUGAGAGAGGCGAUCCAACCAUCUGUCAGCGUUCACUAACUACGAUGUUCGCGGUUCGCAAUGCUUACCUGACAGAGCUCCGGGAUAGGAGGCGAUGGAAUGGUCCCCAGAAACGUCAUGGCGCACUGCUCCGCCACAGUGAAGUGAGCCUCAAGAAGACGUUACGAGACAUGGCUCUGACCGACUCCUCGGGCCUUCCCUUCAGCUAGUCGGUGCAUGAAUAAAAAGACCCUAAACCCGUCUUGGCCACUAUUGAAUGGCGAUACAUUUAUCUACUGUCGGCAAGACAUACUAUCAUUUGUAUCAGAUGCCCC